GUACUCGUUUCUGCGUACGUGGCGGUCGACACGCACGCCCAACGAUACACCGCUCGUACGCGCGCACGGUCGCGCGUACGGCUCGCGAACUCGGGAACGGUCCGGACGCGGACGUAAACGCGCGGCUAGCGGCUGCGAUCGCGAUGCGAGCCAUGACUCCUCCCGAAAAUUUCCGCGAGCGCACUGAUCCGCGAUCGACCGGGCGGAGGAGUGUGCGGUUCCUCUCUCUCUCUCUCCUCUCUCUCUCUCUCUUGCUCUCUUUCCGUCUCUCUCAUUCUCUCUCUCUCUCUCUCUCUCCCUCUAUCGUCUGUUGGGGCUUCUUGAUCGAUGUUCCUUCUAUCCUCCUCCCCUCCCCGUGAGAUUUUUUCCAUGCAACAGUAUACACGAAAAUAUCGGCGCAUAUGAGAAAAAAGGACGGAGUCGAUUAAUUGAGAAGGGUGACGCGAGCGGUAUGUCGCGAGGAAAGAGGUGUGCGCUUGACCACCGCACGAAAAACAGCGAUUCCGACUGUCUCGGUGUAACGUGAACUGUCAAAGGUAUGAUUCCGCGGACGAAACGUGGUGUGUGGUUAAUCGCACGCGUCUGACGCGCAUUGUCGUUAACCUCAGUUACGAUGAAACUCAACUUGCGAUAUGAUGUUAGAGAAUGUUUUCGCAAGCACCUCGCCAGAUUACAAUACAUUAGCCAUUAGGCAAGAGGAAAUUCUUAAACAACUGGCGGACCUCAAAGCACAGAUCUUUACACUAUGUAAAUUCUUGAAACGAUCUAGUCAAGAAACUAUGAGAAAAAAGAUACUGAGCGAAAUACUAUGUGAAAAGGUUAUGGAAGACCAAGAAUCACAGGAACCGAUUGAAGUUAGUCUAGUGUUAAAUAUAAAUCCGUGGAAGCCACCUUAUUCAAUAUAUGCAUUACAAAAAUUGUGGAAGGACACUAACAUUAUUGUGAAAUCGUAUGUUCAUUCCACCAUUGUCGGACGAGUACCUAUCGAUUUCUCCAGCAAUACUCAUCCUGGUGUAAACAAUGUCGUGAAUUUAAAUAUAAUAUUUAAAGCAGUCAAUGAUGUGGAAGUUGUUACAAACCUGCUCAGAUAUCCCUUGCUGGGUGAAGUAAAUUUUCUCAGAUACCUGAGCAGACUGAUAAAAACACAUAAUUAUGAGAAAGAUUUUGCGUCCGCGUGCACAAUAGAUAAUAUUCUUGAUUUAUGUUGUCGUGUGCGCUCUCAAACAAUUCGCGAUAAGACCGACGAAGCAUUGUCCAUAUUGUACCAAGAACUGGAGCAUACACGAUGGAACGGCAGAGACGAACCUAGCAUCGCGGAUAUGGCUGCUUGGUCCACCGUAAAGCAAUUCUCGUCGAAUAGGAGAUUGCCACAGAUUAUUCAAAGGUGGUAUGAAAUUUGUGAAAAGACUUUCAUGGACGAUGCUUCGCGUCGUUAGAAUUAAAUAUGUUUUUCCCCAUCUCGAUCAAAGGCUUUUGAUAUUUAAAUAUAAUAUAUAAUGUUGAAAAAUUUUAAUAAACCAUUUUUUCCUCUUUUCUUUCUAGAAACGAACUUUUAUUGAUUACCCGUAUUCCAUUUGUGUAUUUGUCUUUAACUGUACAGAAUAUGACGACAGUGUUUAUCCAAUUGCAUUGCAGUUGGUUUUACAAGUUCUAUGACUCAGUAAUUUCUCAAUAUUAACGACAAAAAUAUUGAUAAAUUCAAAAUAUUGUAAAAUCAACAAAGAAGUACAUUGAAUGAUCGAGUUCUUCCGGAACGGCAUAAAUUUUUAUUGAAAGAUUAACAAAGUCUUUUGGAUAUCCUAGUAUGAUUACACCUAUAGCUGAUUUUUAUACUCGUAUUUGUCGUUAUAAAUGCGCAUUACAGAUAUAUAAAUAUGGAUUUGCACUAAGCGAAUUCGCUGGCAGUGUCAUCGUAAGAAA